AUGUAUCAUCGAGGCGGAGAAGUACCAAGACUUGUUGCUGUCGAAGGCGAAGUCGCGGAGGAUGGCAGUUUCCCAGUGUAUCGUCAUCCAGCGGAUGAGUCUCCGCCUUUGUCUCAGUUUUCGCCAACUGUUGCCCUCAUUCGUGACCAAGUCCAGAAGGUCCUCAACCACCCAGUGAAUCACGUUCUGAUCCAAUUCUACCGCUCAGGAAAAGAUUAUAUUUCUGAGCAUUCAGACAAGACGAUCGACGUCGUUCGCGGCUCUAACAUCGUCAACGUCUCUCUUGGUGCCCAACGAACGAUGACCCUGCGCGUCAAGAAGGACAAGAAGGUCGCAGCUGGGCCAGAGGAGCCAGUUGCAACAGACCACGGAACACCCGCCUCAACUCCAGGUACCCCUGGCACGCCACGAGCCGCACAACGCAUCCCCCUCCCACAUAACUCCAUGUUCGUCAUGGGCCUCGAGACGAACGCGAAAUGGCUUCACGCGGUUAACCACGACAACCGCCCGCUUAAGAUCAAGUCCCCAGAAGAGCAGCUCGAGGGAGGUGGGAGGAUCAGCCUCACCUUCCGCCACAUUGGGACGUUCUUGUCGAAAGACGAGACGAGGAUAUGGGGACAGGGCGCGAAGAAUAAGUCAAAGGAGGCGGGCCUGGUGAAAUAUGAUAAGGAGGAAGUGGAGAAGUUGUUGUGGGCGUUUGGGGAGGAGAACCAUAAGAGCGAUUUUGAUUGGGAGGCUGCUUAUGGCACUGGGUUUGACGUUCUGCACUUCACGGAGAAGGAGGGAAAGGCUGGCCCGACAUCGGGACCCGAGGAAAUGUCUUGA